AUGGAAUCUGAUCGUGGUCUCUUCUCGCAUCACGACAAACCACCGAAAAAGAAGGAGUCUUUACUCGAGAAAAUUGAGCACAAGGUCGAACAAAAGCUCGGUGGCGGCAAUCAACACCACCAACAGCAGGGCUAUCAGCAACAGGGCUACGGCCAGCACGACUAUCAACAACAAGGCUACGGCCAGCACGACUAUAAUCAACAACAGGGCCAUGGCGGUCCGCCUCAAGGCCAGUAUGGCGGCGGAGGCCCCUAUGACCACCAGCAAGGCUACGGAGGCCAAGGACCAGGCCACCAUCAUCAGCAGGCCGGCUUUGAAGGCGGUCGAGGCGGUGGUUAUGGAGGUGGAGGCCCUGGUCGGGGAGGCUUUGAGGGUGGCCAAGGCGGUCCUGGUGGUUAUGGAGGUGGUGGCGGGUAUGGCGGUCCAGGCGAAUUUGGAGGUGGCGGGUAUGGCGGCAGACACGAGCAAGGCCAUGGUUACGAGGGUCCAGGAGGUCGCGGCGGUGGUUUCGGAGGCGGCGAUUUCGGCGGCCGGGGAGGGGGGUUUGAGGGCGGACGAGGCGGCGGACAUCACGGUGGAGGACCUGGUGGUGGUGGUCGCGGAGGGGGCGGCUGGUGA